AUGCAGUUACUCCAAAACCAAGUGACCCCUUUAGAGAAUGGCCACACGAAGCCGGCUGUGUCGAAUAACAAAUCGAUUGCUAUUGUUGGCAUUGGCUGCCGCUUUCCUGGCGAUAUUUCCAGUCCAUCCGAGCUAUGGGAUUUUCUAGCGGAAGAACGUUCAGCAGCCGGCAAGGUACCCAAGUCACGGUUUAACGUUGCCAGCUUUCACGGGAGCAAGGAUGAACCGUCGACUACAGUAGCGUUAGGCGGGUGCUUCCUGCAGGAAGACAUUCGGAACUUUGACAACCAGUUCUUUGGCAUUCACAACCGAGAGGCUGCAGAUAUGGACCCGCAACAGCGGAAGCUGCUUGAGGUUGUGUUCGAAAGCUUUGAAAGCGCUGGCGUUACCUUGGACGAUGUGUCAGGUGCGAAUGUGGGAUGUUAUGUCGCUUCAUUCACGCCGGACUUCAUCGCUAUGCAGACCAAGGAUGUGGAGAACAUGACCAGGUUCACUCACCUGGGUAUGGGACCAACCCUUCUCGGAAAUAGGAUCAGCCAUGUUUUCAACAUGAAAGGACCGAGUUGCGUGGUGGACACUGCAUGCUCCUCAUCCUUCUAUGCAUUACAUAUGGCUUGCUCUGCAUUGGAAAACGGCGAAUGUGAUGCCGCCGUCGUGGCCGGUGUUAACCUCAUUCAGACUCCAGAGGUGCACGUUGGGACCUCACUGGGUGGAGUGCUUUCACCGGCUUCAAAGUGCCAAACGUUCGAUUCUUCCGCUGAUGGCUACGCUCGAGCUGACGGCGUCGGUGCGCUCUAUAUCAAGCGACUGGACGAUGCCAUCCGUGACAAAGAUGCGAUUCGUUCCAUAAUCCGCUCAACUGCAGUAAACAGCAAUGGCAGAACACCGGGCAUCUCGCAGCCCAGUGUCGACGGGCAGGAAGCAGUUAUUCGCAAGGCCUAUGCUCGUGCCGGACUUAAUCCAGCAGAUACUGCCUACGUCGAAGUUCAUGGUACUGGCACAAGUGUCGGAGACCCGAUUGAAGUUGAAGGUCUUUCUCGUGUCUUUCAGAAAGAUCAACGCCACCGCCCGAUGCUAAUCGGUGGUGUGAAAUCGAACCUGGGACACGGAGAAGCCUCGAGUGGUUUGCUCAGCAUCAUGAAAGCGAGUCUAUCUCUGGAGCGGUGUCAGAUUCCCGCUACCAUCAGCGUAAAGCAGAUGAAUCCCAAAAUCAAAACAGAGGAAUGGGGGGUAGAAGUUGUCACUCGCAUGACGGACUUUCCAUCAGAAAGUGGCUCACGUCGCAUCAGCAUUAAUUCCUUCGGCUUCGGCGGCGCCAACGCUCACGGAAUUCUGGAAGAGGCUGGUCGUCAAACCAACAACGUGUCUUGCAGACAGCCCAUGCAGAGGAGUGGUGAUGUAACAGGCUCAAUGGAUGGUCAGCCUAAUAGUCACGCCAGUAAUGGAAUUAAUGAAGUCAACGGGCAUAGUGUGCCCCCUUCGAUGCCAUACUUGCUCCCAUUGUCUGCAAACAAGCUAGCAUCUCUGCAAGGGAGAGUCGAGAGACUGUCUGAAUUGAAUCUCUCAGCCGUCUCGGUUGCUGAUCUUGCCUACACUCUCGGGCAACGGCGAUCGCAUCUUGGUCUCCGUGGCUUUGUCAUUGCCCGACAGGCAACCCUUGCACAAGAUAUCCACGUCGACAACCUGACACUAGCCAACUCAGAUAAUAACAUGGCAGAUAGCAAGUUCGCAUUUGUUUUCACUGGACAGGGUGCUCAGUGGAAGGGAAUGGCCCGCGAGCUGUUGCAUUUCCCGGUCUUCGCAAAUACCAUUCAGCAGCUCGAUCACGAACUGAGCAUCCUGCCCCAUGCCCCUAGAUGGAAGAUUUGCGAUAUUCUAAUGGAUAGCUCAGAGGCUCGUCCCUUGAACCUGGCAGCCUUCGCGCAACCUAUCACCACUGCUGUCCAGAUUGGUCUGGUCAACGUCUUGCGCUCUUGGUCUAUCCUUCCACAGGGCGUCAUUGGACACUCGUCGGGUGAGAUUGCGGCUGCAUAUGCAGCAGGCCUGCUGACAGCUCGCGAGGCUAUCGUCAUCGCAUAUUACAGAGGGUACUCAGUGACAGCAUCAGCACCUGAAGGCGCAAUGGCUGCUGUGGGCUUGCACUCCGAUGAUGCACUUGAGUGGAUCACUAGGCUUGGCUUCAAUGCAAAUGUCAAGGUCGCAUGCAUAAACUCACCGCAAAGCGUGACAAUAAGUGGGGAUAGCGAAUCCAUUAAUAGCAUAUUAGCAUCACUACAGGAUGAAGGUGUGUUUGCUCGUAAGCUGAAGACUGAUGGCAAGGCUUAUCACUCCCACCAUAUGGCUGCCAUUGGUGCCAUGUACGAGGAGCUGCUCAAGGGGGCAUUGACCUUUGGGGCGCAGGAUAUCCCUGAUUUGAAGCUGCAUGACAUCCACAUGUACUCCACUGUCAUGUGCCAAGAGGUCCAAGGGAAGAAUGUCCGUACGGCAGCGUACUGGCGUGCAAAUCUGGAAUCGCCAGUCCGUUUCAGCGAAGGCCUUGCGUCCCUGUCUGAGAUGAUGGGCCACUGUACGUUCGCUGAGCUCGGACCACAUGCGGCCCUGAAGAUGCCCAUCAUGCAGACCCUUGGAAAGUCUACAUCCUACCUUGCCACCCUUAGCCGAGGUCAAGAUUCUUCGGUCUCUUUGCUCGGUUUUAUUGGUCAGCUUUUCGUGCAGGGUUUCAGAGUGGACUUCUCAAAGCUCGAUCAUACCUACGGCCGUAGCAUACCUAGGUACAUCUAUGACUUACCGACAUAUCCAUGGCAUUAUGAACAAACACCAUGGAAUGAAUCUCGGGUUAGCCGUGAAUGGCGCAACACCACACACCCCAGACACGAGCUCUUGGGUAGAGAGGUACCAGGCGGAAACCAGACCACGUUUGGAUGGCGGAACCUCUUGCAGCUUGAAAAUGUCCCAUGGCUACGUGACCAUAGGCUGGGUGAUACUGUCAUCUUUCCGGCCACCGGAUAUAUAUCCAUGGCUGUGGAGGCGCUGAUGCAAAAGGUUUUACCUGUUGGUGCGGACGGUGCGGGCGAGUCCGUAGUGCUCCGGCAUGUCGACUUACUGAAGGCUCUACCAUUACCGGAGCAGGGGUCGAUCGAGCUCUAUACGGAGCUCCGUCCGCUCCCAAUCUCAAAUAUUAGAGAGUCGAAGGUCUGGUGGGAAUUCCAGAUCUCGUCCAUCUCUGAGGACGGCCCCACAGUGCGGGCCAAGGGUUCGAUAAGGCUAGAGCCCAUAGCGACCAGCAGUACACAGCUUCCAUCCAGAGACUGUCACCUGGCCCCCCAGUCUACGAAGCUGUGGUAUGAGAGUAUCGCCGAUGCUGGUCUUGCAUUUGGACCAACCUUCCAACACAUGCAUGACAUCCAGACACCUGACCCCAAGGGUAUAUUGUAUGCAGAAGCACGGACACGGACGCUUGCCCCCGCUGUUGGGGGAGCACAGUCCCACCCCCGAUACCUCAUACAUCCUGUAUUGCUGGACAACCUCUUCCAGGUCGCCCUUAUUGCAUGCACAGGUGGCCUAAUCCACUCGAUGGUUGGUAAAGUACCGACAAAGCUCGGAAUUGUAAGGAUCAGCCUGCCCUCUAGUCCCACUGACGAAGGCACAAUUCGCUCUAUGUCCAAGGUAACAGGCCAAGCCACCAAUAAGAUUGAUAGCGCCUUGUUCAAUAGUCAGCAGCAACUUGUGGCGCAUUUCAAAGAUGUAGACGUCACCGCAUACAUAGGAAACGAAAAGAUGGAGGUGCGGCACCCCAUAACACGAGUCACCUGGAAGCCCGACAUUAGUCAAGUACACGACAAUGCCACUUUUUCAUCAGCACUCAAUCACGUUCUUUUAAGAUCUGAUCUGGGGUCGUUCGGGUCCAAGGCCAACAUGCUAGCAGCCCUUGACUUAAUCGUGCAUAAAAACCCAGAUGCUCAUAUCCUAUGCCUCUCGACCGACUUAUCUCUCAUCACGCUGGCGUUCUUGGAAGUGCUUGAUGCAUCCAGUAUCUACAGGCGCUUCAAUUCUUUUUCCAUGGGGCGCCUGACCCCAGACGGUCAACUCGAGGCUGCUGAGGUCCACAAGUACAUCGUUCCAUUAGGGCUUCGAUCAUUGCAGUAUCGGAUUGCAUCACCAGGCGACCACUUCAGUCUGGUAAUUUUAGGAGACGAUAUCGCCAUGGCGGAUGAGCUAGGCUCCUACACAGAUGAUCAAACGGUCUUCCUUUCACCUGAUGUCGGCAGCAUCUUAAACUUCGAUAGGCUUUCGGUCCUACGAUCUCAAUCGGAAACAGCCCACAAUGUGCAGCUCCUCCGCGGAGCACCAGCUGUGAACAGUUGUUCUAGUCCAAAUUUCGACCACGUUCUACAUAUCUGCCGGUCAUCAAUGCAUCCUGCCGAUGAACACUUAGCUAGCCAUUUGAGCGAUGAUUUAGGCAUGCCGAUCAAGCAGGUCGCGUUAGCAGACCUAGUACACAUACCAAUUUCUCCAAACUCACUAGUCAUCUCUACAGCUGAGCUGAAAAGGUCUAUUCUUGCUGGUGGCGUCCUACAGGAGGAAUUCGAUGGCUUCAAACGAAUGAUCGAACACGCAGCAUGGAUUGUUUGGAUUACAGGAUCAGGAGUACACGAAGAAUUUAAUCCCACCCUUUCCCUGUUCGUGGGGUUUGCUCGUGCUGUAGUGAUUGAGCAACCCUCAACCAAGAUCUUUUCGCUAGAACUAGAUCCAACAACUGACGCUGCAGUAAUCUCACGGGAUGUCGCGAGAAUAGUUCGAAGUGGGAACGAAUUGAUCAACGAUUGCGAGUAUAUUGACAAUGGGUCCCAUCUCCUGAUCAGUCGUAUAGUUCCCGACGAGCGUAUGAACAGAGAGUUUCGUACACGGCAAGACGGGCUCGCAUCACCUAUGCCACUUGGGAGUGUUGGUAAUGCUGCCUUGUCUGUGCAGAGGCCUGGACAGCUGAGCACAGUACAGUUCGUGAAACGACCUUAUCCAGCCCUUUCGAAGCUGGCCGCCAAUGAGGUGGUUGUCAAAGUCUCCUGUGUCGGCCUCAACGCGAAAGAUGUUAACGCACUGGCAGGGCAUGUCCAGACCACAGAUGCACGGUGCAGCUUGGAAUGCACAGGUCAUAUUCUUGCCAUCGGCUCCGACGUCCGCGACCUUAGUAUCGGUGAUAAGGUCGCUGUCAUGUAUCCUGGUUACUUCAGCACGUACGAGACUGUUCCAGCCUGGAGCUGUGUUAAGCUCCACGAUGGCGAGGACCUGCACACCAUGGCAUCUGUCCUGAUGGUCUUCUCGACAGCCGUGUAUGCCCUUUAUCACCGAGCCAAUCUCCAACCAGGAGAGUCAAUCCUAAUCCACUCCGCUGCAGGUGGCGUCGGUAUCGCCACAAUACAACUAGCUAAACUAAUAGGCGCAGAGAUCUUCGCAACUGUUGGAACGGACGAGAAGAAGCAGUACUUAAUUGACCACUUUGGCAUCAAGUCGGACCAUAUCUUCAAUUCUCGCGACUCAGGCUUCGCUUCUAACAUCAAGACCAUCACAAAUGAGCGCGGAGUCGACGUCAUCCUGAACUCGCUACUCGGCGAGCUCCUACACGAGAGCUGGGACUGCCUGGCAGACUUCGGCCGCUUUGUCGAAAUUGGAAAACGGGAUCUUCUUGACCAGGGCCGUCUGAAUAUGGAAAGAUUCUCCCGAGGCACGACCUUCACGGCGUUCGAUAUAAGCAUGUUGGCCGAGUCGGCAUCUCCAGCACAGCAUCACGUUUAUAAAAGUUUAAUCACUCGUGUCAUCUCGCUCCUACGAAGCGGCGAUAUUCGUCCUAUUGAGCCGCUCUCCGUAUUCAACGUUUCAGAGCUCGUACCGGCCUUUAACCAUUUCAACAACGCGAAGCGCAUGGGCAAAAUCGUUAUAUCCUUCGAGGACCAAACACAGAUGGUACCUGUCGUGCGUGAGAAAUUCUCGACACAGCUAGAUCCCCAAAAGAGCUAUCUACUAGUUGGUUGUCUCGGUGGUCUCGGCCGCAGUGUAUCCAAAUGGAUGAUGAGCCGCGGGGCACGCAAAUUCGUCUUCCUUGGCCGCUCAGGUCUACAACGACCAGCCGCCCAGCGCCUCAUCGACGAACUGGAGGCAGGAGGCGCACAAUGCACCGUCAUCAAAGGCGACAUUACAAAUUACGCAGACGUCCACAGCGCCGUGGCAGCCGCACCAACCCCUCUCGGAGGGGUCAUCCAAGCAGCGAUGGGUCUCAACGAGGCAAUCUUCAAACACAUGCCGCGCGACUACUGGCUCAAUGGCACCGAAGCCAAAGUCCAAGGCACAUGGAACCUGCACAACGCCCUCUCCGCGCUAGACAGGGAAAGGGAACUCGACUUCUUCGUCCUGACGAGCUCCAUCUCCGGGAAACUGGGCACAGCCACCGAAAGCAACUACUGCGCCGCCAACAACUUCCUGGACACAUUUGCGCGCUACCGUCGCGGACUGGGUUUGAAGGCUGUCUCCCUUGGCCUCGGAAUGGUCUCCGAGGUGGGAUACCUGCACGAGCACCCGGAAAUCGAGGCCCUGCUUCUCCGUAAAGGUAUCCGUCCUCUCACGGAAGAUGAGCUGGUCCAGAUCUUCGACUUUGGUCUCACUCAGCCUCCUACCUCGCUUCAUCCUAAUGAUCUCAUGCCCCAGUCGCAUAUUCUGACUGGGCUGGAGGAUACGGGUCUGCAGGGCCACCGGAAACAGGGCUAUGAGGGGUACUGGCAGUUCCUGAACGAUGCGCGGUUCGAUGUGUUGACGUGCGCGCUGAGGCGUAAUGCGGGGAAGUCUGCUCAGGGCAACAGUACGCAGGCGUCGGUUAUCCAGGAGGCAAUCGCUUCGAAUGAUAAAGCGCAACUCACGGAUGCGGUGAAGGUGGUUCUGGUGAAGAAGCUUUCUAACAUCAUCCUCACGCCAGUGGAUAAGAUCGAUGCGAAGAAGCCUUUGUUGGAUUUUGGUAUGGAUAGUAUGCUGGCGGCGGAGCUCCGUCAAUACAUCUAUGGUGCGAUGGGGGUAGAUGUGCCAUUCCUAGAUCUGAUGGAUAAGAGGACGAAUAUAUUGGGUCUGGCAAGCCUGGUGGGUGACAAGUUGACUACCGCCAGCAAGUAG